AUGCGUACCUGGUUCGAGUUUACAUUUUCGUGUCAACAAGAAAGGAUUCACAUCAUACGACUAAAGAUCUGGCGCAAGGAUAGGAAGGACGUGAAGAAAUUUCUACGGAUAUUAGCAAGAUUCUUGACAAUGGAAGAAAUGUGUACAAUUAUCGAAGAUGCCGUCAUUGUUCGAGAUGAAGAGAUAGCGAGGUAUAGCAUCGAAGUGUACCCACGAAGAUCAACAUUACGGCUAGCGGAAGCUAUGUCCGAAGAAAUAAUCUUACUACUGCUGAAGUCUAAAGUUGAUUGGUCUCAACCGUCUGGUUUCUGGCGAAUUCCAACGAUAUUCGCCGCUGUAUAUUAUAAACGACUGGAUAUAUUAGAAAGAUUAGCAAAACUCGUAGUAAAUCCUGAAGCGAGCCCUAUCUGGUUAUGUUCUACACUAUGUCAAGCCACCAGAUACAAUGAUGUACAAUACGUGCAACUACUCGUCAAGGCCGUAAUUAAAGCCAAAUGUUUAGACCGAGUCGGAGUCACAGCCAUGAAAUUCGCCAUAGAAAGAAAUAAUUUAUCAGUAGUUCAAAUGCUACUGGAUAUGGGAGUUGAUGCAGAUUUCAGAGAUUAUUAUAACAAUAAUCUCUUGGAGCUAGCUUGUGCCUCUAACUCCGAGAUUUUACGAAUGAUACUAAAACGUAUAGAAUAUCCAUUAACGUCGAGACCAGUACUGUUGGAAAAAGCUGCUGGAGCAUCUUAUCUAAACUCUCGACGAAAUGUAAAGUUACUAUUGAACAAGGAAGUGUCAAUCAACUCGCCGACCACUAAUGGGAGAUAUCCGAUAGAAGCAGCCAUAAGAGAACAUAAUGAUGAUACUCUUGACCUUUUAUUGCAACAAGGAGCCGACGUGGAAUUAAUCACGGUAGAUGAUAAAGGAAUUCUGCAUUCUGCAGUAGAAUUCGGCAGUGUAUUAGCAGUGCGGGCGAUUUUAGAGAAAACUUCAGAUGUUAACAAGAGGGAUAGUAACGGAGACACCGCUUUGAGGUGCGUUCAUCAAUGA